UAACGUAUCUAUGACAAAGCGAGCGGUGAGGUAGUGGUCCCCGAAACAUGUCUCUUAUCCCCUGGGUUGACAUGCUGAACAUGACCGGACAUGGGAAUCUCCCAGCCGCCUAAAUCAGCGAUUUUCUUUGCUGCAGCUGGUCAACCGGCGCGUUAAAACAAACAGAGGCCAGCGGGCUCUUUAUUUAUUCAAGAGAAGAUGGCGGAGUUUUCGCCCGUCCUGCCGAUGCGGGAUGGAGGAGGAAGACUUGGCCAGCCCAUCUUCCCUCGGUCCAGGUCUGGUUCCGAGUCAGAGAGCGAACUGUCCCAGAGCCUGGCCCGGACCAAGAUCCGCUCGUACGGAAGCACAGCUAGCGUCACGGCCUCUCUGGGGGAGAAAUACAUUGAGCAUCGGGUUACAGACACUGAUACCCUGCAAGGGAUUGCUCUCAAAUACGGUGUUACGAUGGAGCAAGUCAAGAGAGCCAAUAAGCUGUUCAGCAAUGACUGCAUUUUUCUGAAGAACAGCCUCAACAUCCCUGUGGUGUCAGAGAAGCGCUACAUAUUUAAUGGACUGUCUCUGGAGUCUCCUGAUGGGGACGGUGAAGCAGCAUGCCAGGAGGCAGAUACCCCGUGUAUAAUAACGCAGGAUAUCGAGGGACCCUCGCCUUCCCCUUCCCCGCCCCCUGCAGACUCCAAACCCCAACCAACAGAGGAGCUGUCAGCCAAAGACUUCUUACAUAGACUGGACUUGCAAAUUAAACAGUCAAAGCAGGCAGCACGCAGGCUGAAGGAAGAGGAAGUAAGGAGCAAUGAGGAGGACUACACCGCCCCGACAACGUCAUACCAGGACAUAUAAAGGAGCAUUGUGUUUACCCGAAGCCCUGUCUCAGAUGCAGACACAUACAUGCUCACACGAACACUAUCACAACCUCAUUGCUUUUUUUCUCCCCUCUCUUUACCUUUUUGCUUUUACCAAACCAUGUUGAACAAAAGUGUCAUGUCUCUGCCUUUUUAUUUAUUGAUAUGCGAUUUUGAUUGUGAUUGUUUAGUACAGUUUUACUGGGAUAUUUAGCAGCGCAGAGCAGCAUCUGUUAUGCGGUAAAAAGCAUCCAAGCACACAUGCCCAUCCACUCGUCUUAUGCUUCUGAAGCUGCUGUACAGAACCCACCUGCUGCAUAUGUACACACACACACACACACACACACACACACACACACACACACACACACACACACACACACACACACACACACACACACGCGCGCACACACACACACACACACACACACACACACACACACACAUACAUACAGCUAAGCAAUUCCAGAAGGAUUAGCUUGUUAGACUUGCUAACCGCUUCUGAUGUUCUCAAUCCGAUCCUAGAAUAGUAUCAUUGGAAAGUAUAUUCAGGCCUUCCUCAUCAGUGUUUACCCCUGUAUGAGCUCACCUCAAACAGAAGUGGUGGAUAGACUCAAGCCUUUGAACACGUUCCGUUUUCCUCACAGAAACUUUUUUCUUUGGGAACAGACGGGACUGCUCUAUUUUCUGAGGUGUGAAUGCAUUAUUUAUGUGUGGAGAACUGUCUGUUACAGCUGUUUUAAUUGUGCUUUAAAAUUCUGUUGGUUUUAUUUGGAAAUAUGAGAAAUAAAUAUGUAUUUAAAUCAGA